AUGUUUGUGGAGCUAGUCAUUGUCACCCACGUAAUGGAUGCCAUUACUUUCUGGGCGCAGAACGUGACUGAUGACAGCGCUGUGGAAAAGAUGGCUAACCUCCUGUCAGAAAAAUGUCCCACGUCUCUGAAUCUGUUUGGAAGGCCCGAUCCUCAGAAGUUGUAUGGGGCACUCUUCUCUGCAGACCACUGCUGGCACAGAUGCAAGGUGCAACAGCAGUCAGCUAACAACUUUCUUGUGUCCUCUGUUGAUUAUGGAAAUGUGGAGAUAGUAAGCCGGUCAAAUCUUGUGGAGCUCCCUGAGGAUCUUCAAUCAGCUGCUUUGGCCAAGAAGUACAAAUUUUGGGGUUUUCAUGUGUCCAGCGAGCAGGACUCUUCUCAUUUCCUACAGGGAAAGUCUUUCCUUCAGAAUCUGAUACUCGGGAGGAAGCUGCGCAUCUACAAAAAGUCAGUGUGUUUUGAUGGAACCAUUCAGGUCCAGGCAUUUCAGGGGAACCUUAACAUUGGUGAAGAGGUCUUAAAGUUGAAGUUUGCCAAAGUCAGUCUCCCAGGUAGCAGACCCUUCUCACCUCCAGUGCAAAAGGACCCGCCCAGACUUUGGCUUCACAAGGGCGUGGAUGGGUGUCCAGAGGUGGACAAGGAUAUAACCAGUGCCCUAGACCGCAUGCCCAAACUGCGGCCAGCUUUCUCUGACCAUUCCCAGCCAAUUAAGGAGAAAAACAGCUUUGUGUCUGUGCAGUCUGCUGGCAGUGCACUGAAGAAGAAUGUGGCGUUGGUGAAGCAGCCUGAUCUGAUGUGUUUGGAGGAGGAUGUUCAGCAGCUAUUUAGCAUGGUCACAGAACAGGAACUGAGCCAGACCCAGAGAGUGAGAGAGGAGGUAGGGGAAAAGACCAAACAGAUAGAGAAGAUGUCUGAGGAGAACAGAGCACUGAAGCAGCAUAUUGAUUACCUGGAGAACCAGGUAAAGGAGGCCAGAGAGGAGUUGAAGACUGAGAAACAAGAAUGUCAGAGGAAAAUAGCUCUCAUGGAUAAGCAUUUGGAAAAGGUUGUUGGUGACACAUUUUCCAGACUCGCAGAGAAAGUGGACUCUUUAAGAAGAGUGAGAGAAAGAAAUCCAUGCACUACUGCUGAAGAUAAGCUGUUGGAAUCCAUCACCUUUGUAGUAAAUGACCGGGUCAUCUCACCAUUGACCACAGAGAAACUGGAUUUGGCCUGGGAAGAGUACAGUCAGGCUCAGGAGAAACUCAGGACGUUCCAGGCAGAGAAUGCAGCCAUAGUCAUGGAGAAACAGAGUGUAUAUAAAGAAGACCUCGAGGAUUUGGUGAACAGUAGGAAUGGAUUGCAUGGGGUGUUAUUGGCUGUAAUGGAUGAAUUCCUGUUGGAAGUGGAGGAACUGCCUGUGAACCAGCGUAUUGAAAGUCUUGCGGAAGCUGGAUCAUCACUGACGGCGUUGUUUGGUUCAUUCUCAAUGGAAGAUGUUGGAGGAAAAGUUUUUGAGCAGUUUCUUGAUUGGAAGAGAAAAAAAUACCAAAUAUCCAGUAACAUACACCAGGCAACAGAUCACACACUCAACACUCUCUGCUCCUGGGCAUCCAACAUCAGCAAGUUUUUCUGUUUGACGGAUAAAACGCCACUUGCACUGAAGGACUUGCCUGAGGAAGUCGACAAUCUUCUAAAACAGGUUGAAUUGGAUCUGUCUAAAGAACUGGAUUAUACCCUCAAGGAGCAGGAUGAUCAGAGGGGGGAUGUCGUGUUCCAGGCCUUUUCUAAAGUCAUGCAGCUGAUUGAGAAGGAAAAGAGUGUCCUCUUUGGGAUUAGGGAGAAAUGCUCACAAAUCGCUCUGUUUAAGAAAGAGGCGUCUUUGUGGGAGAGUGGCACCCCUAAAGCAGACAGACUGCACUCCGUUAAGCAACGCAUAAAGACCCUGCACUUACAGCUUCGCUGGAAACUCGUGGAGGAGGGCUGUCUGCAGGAGGCUGAAGAGCUGGAUCUGCCGGAGAUUCUGAGGAAGAAGGAGGAAAUUGCAGAGACGAGGAGUGCUCUCUUUCAGGAGAUAAGCCGAGAGAAGGAGGAAUAUAGGAGGCUCAGUGAUCUGGUCAAGGGGAUGUUUCCUGAGCUGCCUUUGCUCUAUCCAGAUGUGGACAUCAACAGUUACAUGUGCUCUGAUGGACUACUGCUGAAAAGUCUGGAUAGGGAGAUGUUUGAUGCAGAGCCAAUGAAAGACUUGAGCAGACGGCGACCUCUUGUUUGCACAGAGUUCCUGGGUCAGAAGGUUGUACUUAAGGGCUAUUCCGUGGAUGAAGAGAGCGAGGUGAAGAUGUUGGAGCAAGCGAAACAGUUCCACAUAGCUCAGAGCCAGGAGCCCUCGUCUCUCUCUCCACUGCUUGCUUUGUUCUUUGGAAAGUCAGAUCCGUUGGUAUAUGUUAUGGUGCCACAUUUCUCCAAUGGGAGCCUGAGAGCAGUUCAGAGAGCCAGUCCCCUCACCCACUCAGAAGCUGGUAAGGUUAUGAGGGGCGUGGCUGUAGGCCUUCAGAGUCUUCAUGCCUUCAACAUUACCCAUGGUUCCCUGCACCCCAACAACGUGUUUGUUCUCAACCGAGAGCAAGGCAUUGUGGGAGAGUAUGAUUUUACUAAGACACCUGAGCAGCGGGCUGCAGACAGUUGUAUGGUGGCUGGCGGCAUUAGUUUGGUUGCUCCAGAGCUGUUUCAUGGUCUGACUCCUACUUCAGCCAGUGACAUGUAUGCAUUUGGCUGCCUGCUUCUCUGGUUGCACGUUCCAGAUUUUGGCAGACCUGUGGACAGUAAUAUACAAAUUGAAGAUUUAAAUGGACUCCAGCUGGAUGGCAAACUCCAGAGUCUUCUGACAAAGCUACUAGUGGGGUCUGGAAGACUCUCAGCUCCUGAGACGCUGAUGGAUAAAUACUUUCUCUCAUUUGAGGCUUAG